GGGAACGGCCAGCUCGGCCCGGCCCGGCCGCGGAGCUCCGCCGCAGCGAGGAGGAGCCCGGCGUUACCCACAGGCCCCCGCCGCGCCGCCACUUCCGCCGCGACCAUUUUGUUCUUCACCGGCGUCAAGGGUACGCGCUCGGCUCUCAUCAUGUUCCCGCUGGCCAGGGCUGCGCAGAGCCUCGUCGCUCGUGGCAUCCAGCACACUGCAGUGAGAGGAGCUCAUCGCAAGCACGAGCCCACCUUCCACGAUAAAUAUGGAACCAUGGUCCUCCUCGGGGGAGCCUCCAUGUUCACUGCUGUCUGGGGCUAUGUGUUCACAUCGCUGAAUGUUGAGUGGGGCAUUUCACCUGUUGGCAGAGUCACUCCCAGUGAGUGGAGAGAGUAACAGCUCUGCUUCUAAUGAACUGCUCUAGAGUUUCACUGAGGAAAUGGUCCUGUAGUGGCAUUUGUUCCCUGAUUACCACUUGGACAGUGGCAUUCCUGGUCUAAUAAAUGUAUUAGAAACCUG